AUGUCGCGUCAAGCCUUGAUACGCUCCUUCUACGCCAAGCUGGACGAGGGCCUGCAAGGAGGAGAAUUGGAGCAAGCGGAGCGACGAACAACGUCGCUUAUUGCAGCCUUGGAAGCUGACAGCAGUGCCCGAGCAGCACGUCACCAAGCCGGCGCCGGUCUCAUUUCUCUGAGCGCACGCUUAGCAUGCGAAUCGUGAGUCGAGACUUUCGAGGACCUGUCAAGGCUGACUCGCUGACUGUAUGCUGCUGCAUUCCCCUCCCAAAGGCUGUCCCUCUCCGUAGAUCCGACAGCCUUUGAAAAAUCGUCUGGAUUGCGACCUGUGGUGUUCAAGAGCUGUCUCUCGGAGCUGCGACCACUAGUGAAGAAGAUCUUGAGCGCCUCAACCGCCUCACCUCGUUCGUCGGGCAGAGUGGUCAAUGGCUCUGCUCAGAGUUCGCCGGUGAAUGCGUCAGGUCAAUUGGGUGAUCGGAGUCCGGAAGCUCUCAAGGCCAGAGCAGCAGCGAUACAAAGCGGUGCAGCUUUCGGCAGAGGAUCCUCCCUCGACCAAUCAAGCGCUGCUUCCACGCCGUCUAGAAGAAGUGCUGCCCUUGCAUCACCACCUUCCGCUCGAGUCGCUCACGCCCAAUCUGCCACUCCGUCCAAGUCUUCCAAGGUACAGUCGAUCAAGGAACCCCAAGCGUCUGGCUCUGCAUCAAAGGCUUCACCAACUAGCGAUCAGGACAGUCCAAGAUCGGUUCGCUUUGAAGAGGCGCUAUCCCGCCCGAACAUCAACGACGAGCCAGACACGCCCUCUCAUCGACGCGGUUCAAGCGCCGUGCAAGCGCAUCCUACCUCUUCACAGCCUCACACGCCUUCCAGAGGAUCGAGACUCAGAAACAUCCUGCCGGUCGAGGUGGAGGAAGACGAAGCAGAGAGCGAGUCAGAUCAUGCGGUCGAGCGUUUCGUCCUGCCUGGCCAGACACGAAAGCGCAGGCGAGCUGCGCCCGAGACGGCACCCCGAACGGCUCCCAGCUCAUUCCUUGGUGAUGACGACGAGAGCAUACACAUUCGUUUGAGGCACGAGAGAUCACAGCUCGAGGAAUGGCUGGAGAAGAACGCUGGAUGGCUGGGCGCAAUAGGAGAUGAGGACGAGAACGAGGGCGGGCAUUGGGAUGAGGAAGGGUGGGGUCGUUUGGACACGAAAAAGGCAAGAUGA